CAUAAUGGUGGUAAUUUGUGGUGAGUGUGGUGUGGUCGCAACACUGUGGUGUGGUGAAAAGCAGAAACCAGUAUAAAUUAAUGAUAUUAGCUGUCCUGGAAUAGUUUUGUAAACCUGAGUGGCUUUGGGAUUGGCUGACUGCCGGACUCUAGCAGGACUUAGCAGCGUGGAGCAGGGACUGGCGUGGAGUACGAAUACGUUAUAUACAGUGUCCAUAUUUCAUGUUUACGUGAACAGUUUUUGUGAUUAAUAAGGUCACUUUUUGGUACUUAUUCAACGCAGUGCUGCAUCAUGGAGGGGACUGAACACCCAGUUUUUAUAUUCAAGUUGGAUAAGAACGGGCACAAAGCAUUCGCUGUGGGAUCGGAAAUUAGAAAAAGGUUUGUAGAUGGCGAACUUAUUUCCACUGAUCCAGAAGUUGCAGAAUUGUUGUGUAAGAGAAUUAAACUUGAACAACCUGAUCUUGAAGAAGUAGAUGAAGCAAUGUUACCUGGAGCCGAAUGCGAUCUCAGCAUGGGUGAAGAAGUUGUUUUAGAACAAGAGGAGGAAGUUGUUACAUCAUUAGCUGUUUCAGUUGAUGAUCAUUCACCAUUGGAGAGUGCUUCUGGAAAGACAGAUGAAGAAUUAUCGCAAGAGGCUCUUGAAAUAUCAGAAUCUGGUGUCCUAAUGCAGCACAUGGACAUUCGGGAACCCUUGUCAACAUUAAAAUUGCUGUUAGAACAGCGUCUUGGUGUUGAACUCACUGAUUAUCAAUUUUGGUUACAAGAUGCACAAAUGUUGGAAUCUCACAAGAAUUUAGUUGAUCAGUGUGUGCAAGGGGAAGGAAUGGUCCAAAUUAAUGUCCAGAUAAAAGUUGACAGAGACGUAAAGAAAAUCAACAUAGUAGAUGUUCUCAAACCAGCAGAAGAAUAUGUUGAACUUGCAGGAGAUAAUUACUUGUCACCCUCUGAAAAGAAGGUGCCAUCCCCAGAAGCCAAGCAAAAUGUUAUUCGAUGGGUUGUGGAUGGUCAAUUUAAAAAGGAUCAAGAGAGGCUCAAGAUUCCUGGUGAUCCAAUGGAAUGGGAAGUUGCUCAUGUACGCCAUUGGCUUCAAUGGGCAGUUCGUCAGUUCAACUUAGUUGGCAUUCAGUUAUAUGACUGGAACAUAUCAGGACGCCAGCUUUGUGAAAUGACAUUGCCUGAUUUUCAGCAGCGAGUUCCCAUGGAUCCCAAUGAUCUCUUCUGGACUCACUUGGAGCUUCUUCGUAAAUGCAAAUUUGUUGCUGUUAAUCAGAAACAAGAACAGAACACUCAGGUUGUGAAUAAGUCUGAUAAUACAAUACGAGGUCGACCAAUUAAGGGAGCUAAACUUGGCAAAUUGCCUCGAAUUAUUGGUCUUCCUUUAAAUAUAAUGGAAACGGCUACACCAAAUGGUGGCAAUCGUACUGGUAACAAUGGACAGAUUCAAUUGUGGCAGUUCCUUUUAGAAUUGCUAACUGACAAAGAGUAUCGUGAUGUAAUUCAGUGGCUUGGUAAUGAUGGAGAAUUUAAGUUAAACAACCCAGAAAUGGUUGCACAGUUGUGGGGUGAAAGAAAGAAUAAACCUACCAUGAAUUACGAAAAGUUGAGUAGGGCCCUUAGGUACAUGGAAAGAGAUUUGUGUACAAAUUUAUCUGUGACUUAAAGGAGUUGAUGGGAUACAGUGCAAGCGAAUUGAACAAGCUGGUGAAUGAAUGUGCCCAAAUGAGUGGAUUGCAAACUCCUCCCCGAAGCACUAUAUCCCAUUUUUCCAGCUGAGAAAGGGUUCAAUGCUAAAUUCACGUGCCGCUCUUCUGAGUUGAAAUAUAUCCUCCUUACUGGCUGUCUUUUGAUAGCUUGCUGACUCAAUACACAAUGUAUCACAACCCAGUACUAUGACUUGGUGAUACUAUCGCGUGGCCUUGAGCAAGGCAUAACUGGUGGAGGGGUUAUGAUUUUCAACAUGGGGCUGAGAGACACCUGAAUAGCAGCCAUGCCCGUACACCUUCCCAUGCUAAGACGUGGGAGAGAGGGAAUUUCCCUAAGGCCUUUGCUUUGAGAAACAAGUGACGCCAAGGUCGAACUCUACGCUGACAGCGGAAGCACCUCUCCUGUAAUGUUUGGCUCCCACGACUAAAUCACAUCUUGAGUCUCUCUACCAAUUUAAUGAAAUUCAUUGGAAUUGUGUUUUAUAAAGAUUUUCCCCUGCAGGACAUGGACAUCCACAUUGGAGAGGUUCCGUUUUAUGCUUUGUAAAAUCCCAUUUAACUUGACAGUCCGGAAAAAUUUUCAGUUUCAGACAGAUUUUACUGUAUAAGCUUUCUUAUUUUCUAAAUAUGUUUCUUAUAAUACGAGGUAGAAUUGGAUUUCAGAAAUAUUUGGGGGGAAAUAGAUAAGGUGAAAAUGAAAUCCAUCCCCUCCUCACCCCUCACAAAGCUUUUAAUUUAGAAAAUCAUGAAUUUUAAUUCGAACUGGCUUUGAAAAAAUGGAUUACUUCUUUCAGAAUGGAGAAAAAGGAAAAAAGAAAAAUAUAAUUGGCAGAAGAAAACUCCCCAAACAGAACAGUUGAAUGUUUUUUGAAAAGUUAUGACUCAUAAAAAUUUACUUUUCUUUAUUUUUUCUUUAUGGUUGUAAAUUAGUGUACAUACAUUGAUUCCUAUGCUAUUCCUGUAAUGUAUUUAAUUACUUAAUUACUGACAUGUCUUUUCAUUUAGGGUCUGAGUGCCAAGUUGCAAAAUGUUCACUUAGGAAUUGUUCUUGGUUCAAUUCUUACAGAUGGUUUUGAGUAUUGUGGCUUUGGCUAGGGAAAGGAGAACUUUCAGAAAAUAAAACAUUGAGGUGUGAAGUAUUCACACCAGCACAUUUUCAAUUUUAAUUUUAAAAUUUUUAUUCAGGCUGAAACAUCUAUUGAAAUUAAUUACUGUUAGGAGAAAAAGUGACAUUCUUAUGUUAUUACCUGAUAAAGUUCUUUGUAGUCAUCAAAAUAAUUUUAUAUGCAUACUGUUUUCAUCAAUUUUCUAAUAAAUUAUUGUAAAAACUCUUUUCCAGGUAUUUCUAAGAAGUUUUGUGUUGCAUCACAAAGAAUUGUGAUCAACAAUUCCAAUAAGUGAAACAGGACUGAAUGCUUGUUUCAAUUGGUUGUGCUUUUGUACAACUAAAGUGUGAUAACAGAGACCCUUGUCAUAUUAUUUUAUGGAUUAUGAUAUAAUAUAUCUUUCCAGAACUGCCUAUAAGAUUUCUUGUAUGUAUUCAAAAUAAUUGUAAAAUAUAUAAUAUAAAUAAUGUGAAU